CCACCGCUCAGCCCUGCCUGCUAAUUUACCGGGUCGAUCGCGACCAUGGGAACGCAGGACUAAUUUCCCCGAGGCUCUGAAUCCUUCCGACAGCCCCCGUGAUCCACCCGGGCCCGAAGUCCGACAUUGAAAAAACAUUGUCGCCGACCGGCCGGAGCUGUCAGUCGGAUGGGCGCCUGUAGGCACUCACAAUCUCUGUACAUGGAGUUCUCCCGGAUUGGAGCGUUCGUCCGCGAGUCGCCAAGGAGGUGGUGUUGGGUCUUAGUCAGCAUCAGCAUUACCGCCGGUUUUUGUGACCUGAUCCGCGUUAUGCGCCUGUCGCUCAAAGUCCACGUGUGACGUCGCUGAGGGUGCACCGCUUCAGCACCGCAUCGCCGGAUUGCCGGCCAUUUUCUUGGCCUCAGAUUUUAGUUCCUUUUUGCUCUCUUCCCUUCCCGUGUCAACUCACUGCGCAUGAGAGGCUUUCGCUAGAAUAGGCUGCGAUCGCUCACGUUCGCAUCCGGAGAGCACUACAUUUCGUGUACCACGCAUCUCAAAUCACCGCCCUUGCUUGUCAUCUCGUGCCUCUUUCUAUGGUCGGCGCUCCGAGCAGCCAUGGUGUCCGACGAUGAAUCCAUUACGCCUCUACUAUGGUCCUUCUCGGGCUUCCGCGAGAACAGACGACCGACACCCAUCAGGCGACAGUUCAGCCAGUCGCGGACCAGUCUGAAGGACGUCCUCGCGUCCCGGAAGAAGCAUUACGCCGUCCUCGCUCUCGUGUCCCUGGACGUUGCGACGCUCAUGACCAAUAUCUUUGUGGAGCUCGUCGCCUGCGAUAUGAAGCGGGAAGACGAAACCUGGGUAAAGACCACGCGGCAGGGUCUUACCCUCGCUGGUCUUGUGUUCAGCUGCGUAUUCUUAGCGGAGCUGAUUCUCUGUGUGAUAGCUUUUGGGUGGAGAUACUUCACCGAGUGGUUCCACGUGCUCGACAGCAUAAUCAUCGUAGCGAGCUUCAUCGUCGAUGUGCUCUCCCACGGCAUCGUGGAGGAAAUUGCGUCCCUUGUCAUCAUCUUCCGUUUGUUUAGGUUCGUCAAAGUGGUGGAGGAAAUGAGCAUGGGCGCAGUGGAGCGAAUGGAAGGACUCGAGGAACAACUGGCGGCCCUCAAGCGAGAAAAUGAGGAGGUGAAGAAACAACUGAUGAGGCGGUGAUUCGGGACUGGGUGUAGCAUUGACGGUGGCGCGCUUCAUGUGAUGAUCGAUACCCGUCGAGGAAUGGGCGAAUGGGCCCUUGAAUAUGAGCCGAUUCGGCAUAAAGAACGGGCAGGUGGUCGGUUGGGCGUUGUGGCUGUCGUAUUCCACACUCUCUUCUUUCUUUUUCUUCCUGAGAACGUCGGCAGCAUUGUCCGGGCAAAUGGAGAUUAUCUUUGUUGGGAUGCAGCAUCUACUGCGAUGGAAAAUAAAACGAACCCCCCCCCCCCGUGAGGAAUAAUGCCGCGACAACUUGAUUGCCCC